CCUGAGAAAACAUCUUUAAAAGCUACUUAUAAAUACCGGUAAAAUAUUUCAGGCUUGGCAUUUUCUGUGGUUAUGUUUAUGCUGCUCUCAAGCACGGGCAUUUACUCGAUCCCUGAUUUAACCGGAUAAUAACUGUUUCGCCUUUUAAGUUGACUCCGACAUGGGACACAGCGAGCCGGUUUCUCCAGCUCAGUUCGACCUAGCACCGUCCAUCAGCAGUGUGUCAGUGAAUCUGUACAAUGCUGCCACCGAGCAGAUACCAACGGGGAAUUUAAUGGUGUCGCCGCUGAGCAUCAUGUACUGUACGAUGCUGGUGUUUCUGGGCUCCAAGGGCCAGACCCGCAACAAUCUUUACACAGCUCUGGAUUUCAAUAAAGCGGCGAAGAAUGGACAAGCCUCAAAUGAUGCGAUCGUCGAAGCUUUUGCCGGUUUAAUGAACGCCAUGAAAAUUUCGGACAAUGCAAAUAAAUCCGCGGAAGCCACCGGAUCGCCGCGCCGUGGUGGUUCACGACAACGACAGGGCGAUUCGCUCCAGUUGGCGUUGGCAAACGGUGUUUUUAUCCGCAGUGGACUAAAUUUGAAAAGCGAGUACGCCAAUUUAGUGAGGACGAAACUAAAGGCAGACGUCCAGGAGAAAGACUUCAAAAACCAGAGCAACGCAGCGCGUCAAGAUAUCAACCGUUGGGUGGAGAACCAUACCGCUGGCAAAAUCAAGAACCUCCUUCCCCCAGGAUCCGUCAAAAGUGAAACGCAAGCUAUCCUGGCCAACGCUAUCUACUUUAAAGCCUCGUGGGCCAAUGCCUUUGAAACCGCCCGAACCACUGAUGCCGAAUUCACAAAAUUGGACGGCACAACAGCCACGGUACGCAUGAUGCGUCAAACUGCGAAAUGGAAGUAUGCCGAUGACGAUCGGCUGCAGCUUCAGUAUCUGGAAAUUCCGUACAUAAACCGUGAAGCAUCCAUGCUGAUCUUUCUGCCGAAACAGAAAAACGGUUUACGCGCACUGGAGAAAGCGCUAACGGCGCAGGCUAUGGAGGAUUUAGCGGAAAGGUCAUCGCGAAAAUUGGUGAAUUUGCAACUGCCAAAAUUCAAAAUGGAGAGCCAGUUUGAUUUGAAAGACUUGCUGGAGAAAAUCGGUGUGGAGGGCGUCUUUACCGAUGAUGCGGACUUGAGUGGUAUCGUCAGCAAUGGACCAAGACUGAAAGUCACGAAGGGUGUGCACAAGACGUUCAUUGACAUUGACGAAAAAGGAACCGAAGCGGCAGCUGCGAGUGCCUUGCAAGUGGGACGCGCGGCAUCUGCUAGCCAUGGGCCUAGCGAGAUCCCCAUCGAGUUUGUUGUCUACCAUCCCUUCAUCUAUGCCAUCCGGCAUCAUCCAUCCAAAGCCAUCCUGUUUUUGGGACAUACCAACGGGAAUUUAACGGUGUCGCCGCUGAGCAUCAUGUACUGUACAAUGCUGGUGUUUCUGGGCGCCAAGGGCAAGACCCGGAGUAAUCUUUACACUGCGCUCGAGUUCAGUAAAGCCGCGAAGAAUGGACAAGCCUCAAAUGAUGUGAUCGUUGACGCUUUUGCCGGCUUAAUCAACGCCAUGAAAAUCUCGGACACUGUGAACAAAUCGGUGGACCCCACCGGAUCGCCGCGACGCGGUUUUAUUCGCAAUGGGCUAAAUCUGAAAAUCAGUUACGCCAAUUUGGUAAAGACCAAGCUAAAGGCAGACGUCCAGGAAAAAGACUUUAAAAACCAGAGCAAUGCCGCGCGUCAGGAUAUUAAUCGUUGGGUGGAGAACCAUACCGCUGGCAAAAUCAAGGACCUCCUCCCACCGGGGUCUGUCGACGGCCAGACGCAAGCCCUCCUGGCCAAUGCCAUCUACUUUAAAGCGUCAUGGGAUAGUGCCUUUGCAACCACCAGUACUACUGAUGCCUUAUUCACAAAACUGGACGGCACAGCAGCGACGGUACGGAUGAUGCGGCAGGUAGCGAAAUGGAACUACGUCGAUCACGAGCGACUGCAGAUCCAGUAUCUGGAAAUUCCGUACAUGGACCGUGAAGCAUCGAUGCUGAUCUAUCUGCCGAAACAGAAAAAUGGCUUACGCGCACUGGAAAAAGCGCUGACGGCGCAAGCCAUGCAGGAGCUGGCCGAAAGGUCAUCCCGCCAACAGGUCAAACUUCGCCUGCCAAAAUUUAAAGUGGACAGCCAGUUUGAUUUAAAGGACAUGCUGGAGAUUAUUGGUGUGCAGGACGUUUUCACCAACGAUGCGGACUUAAGCGAAAUCGUCAGUCCGUCAGUCAGCAGUGGGCGAAGGCUGAAAAUCACGAAGGGUUUCCACAAAACGUUUAUUGACGUUGACGAAAAAGGAACCGAAGCGGCUGCUGCCAGUGCUUUAAUAAUGGGAUGGGGGACAUCUGCGAGUCAUGGGCCUAUCGAGAUCCCCAUCGAUUUUAUUGUCGACCAUCCCUUUGUCUACGUCAUCCGACAUAAUCCGUCCAAAGCCAUCUUGUUUAUGGGACGUCAAGAAAAGUUUUGAGACUAUUGGAAUAGUUCCGUUAACUGCCGUCGCAUCAGACGUGUUCUGAUUGUUUGUCAAAAAUUAAAGACCUGUGCCGUUUAGCUACAAAAAGUAUUUGGUUGAUUGUACUUGGUAGCCGCUUAUCGUAUG